AUGGCGGUCAUCGACAGUCUUCUGGAGGUCGACAUCUCGAUUCGUAUCAAUGGUUCGGAGACCGGCUGCACCGAAUACGACGACUGUUGCCCACCGCCUAAGCCGGCUGGGGUUGGGCCUGCAACGCACACAAUCUCCAAAAUCAUCGAAAGUCAAGAUAAUGCAGUGUUCAAAGUUCACUAUGAGAUCCGGAAUGCUCGCCAAUGGAUCGUAGGAACUCGAGCUCUUUCAGUAGAAUGUUACAUUGACGGCAACAUGGUACGCCAUAUUUGUUUGCUGGAGCACCAUAUUCGAGAUGAAGCCGUACGAGGAUGUGUAGAGGAAGUCAUUACCAACUCAACCAAUCCCGGCAUGGCAAUGUUGAAGCUUUUCAGCUUCGCAGCUAUCAAGAAAGUGGAAGAGUGCGGCGCUCGCGUCAAUGAGGACAGGAACCUCGCGGAACAUCUUGGCAACAUCGAGAUCGUCAUAUCCCGGUCCAAGGUUUUGAGACAGAUACCUUCGAAGCCGUUUACAGUGAAUACAGAGACUGAGGAGAAAGCUUUGAAAGGCAAAGACUUAACGCAUUGCACCAGUUUCUUAGAUGAUCGGGAAGUGUUUGAACGCCCCAUCUUGGAAUUCGAUAUUCUUGGCGCUCCUAUUGCCCGAUUCACCUUUAGAUACAGGUCCAGGGCCAUUCUCCAAGCCGAGGGAAUCGUUUCCCGCGACCCUUCCCCUGGGCCCUCGCACAAACCUCAACCUCAGGGUAUUGCCGGUCUUCCCCUAUCUGAGAUCCGGAGACUCGCCCAAGAGCGUCUUGACCAGCUUGCCAAACGCAAGAAGGAGGAUGAAGCCACUGUGAAGCGGGAUGCAGAAGAAGACGACAAUCCCCGUCCACGCAAGGUCUACAAGAUGAAAGAAUAUGCAAUCAUCGAUCUGACCGAUUCUUAG